CUUCCACACGGACUGUUUGCAAAGAGGCAGUCAGAGCUGAAGAGGGAACAGCUGAGACUUUUCAGCUCAGCUUUGCAGGCAGCCUCUCUCUUCAAUAUCAUGGGGGAAAGCUGGCAACAUGGAAAAAACUUCUUCCUUCUCCUUCUCCUGUCUGUCCUUCUCAGGACCACUGAAGCUGCUCCUGAGCCCAAACUGCAAUAUGUGGCAGUGGUGCCCAGCAUAAUCUACAUGGAGACCCCUGAGAACUUCUGCAUCCAGAUAAACAAUCUGAAGGAAACAGUCAACUUGACUCUUGUGCUGGAACCUGGGGUCCAGAAUUUGAUCCUGAAUGAAAUGACAAUAAAAGAGAAAGAUGCAUUUCAAUGUGUUCCUUUCCAGGUUCCCAGAGUGAGCAACAUUUUUCCCCCAUCGGAAAUCAUUCUCCAGUUGUAUGUAAAAUUCCCAAGCCACAGUUUCCCGGUCAACAAAAGGGUGCAACUUGAGAAGCCAAAGCAUCUACUUUUCAUCCAGACAGACAAACCAAUCUACAGAGCGGGUCAACAAGUUCAGUUUCGCAUCGUCUCUAUGGAUAAAGAUUUACGCCCCCUGAAGAAGAAGUUUCCAGUUGUGUACAUCCAGGAUCCCCGAAAAAACCGGGUGUUCCAGUGGAGAGAUGUGGAGUUACCGUUGGGCAUAAUCCAGCUUUCCUAUUCUCUGUCUUCCGAUCCUCUCUUGGGCACCUUCAAAGUGGUGGUAGAGGAAGACUCCACGAAAGUUGCAGAAUACGACUUUGAUGUGGACGAAUAUGUUCUGCCAAAAUUUGAGCUUUUGGUGAAGGCCCCGAAGCUCAUCACGGUUACGACUGAGGCAAUAGCAAUCAAAUUGUGUGGCAGGUACACCUAUGGGAAACCUGUGCCUGGCCUGGUGAUAUUGAACCUCUGCCGGCAUCCCCAAAGUGUGCCAUACCAGUGUAAGACUGAUGAAAGUCUGUGUACAGAAUUUGAAGGCAAGGCAGAUGGAAAUGGCUGUUUCUUGAAGGUGGUGGACUUGGAGCCAUUCCACCUGAGGUGGCGCGGCUUUUCGAUGGGCAUCACGGUAGAAGGCAAAAUCACAGAGGAAGGGACAGGAGUGGAGGCGAAUGUGACAGAACACAUUGAGAUCACGUCCGCGUUGAGCAAGAUUACCUUUGAAAACCUUGACCAUUACUAUAAACCUGGCAUGCCCUAUGAUGUUAAGGUAAAGCUGGUAGACAGCAACGAGGUACCGAUCAACAAUGGAACAGUGGAGAUUUUGAUAACGGCAACUCACCAGCGGCUCAGUCAAGUGACGGAUGCUGAGGGAAGAGCUGAAUUCUCCAUAGAAACCACUGGUUUCAGAGGCGACGAUUUGUCUUUUACGGCUAUGCAUGAAGACAAACCUACGCAUACUAGCAAGCAUUGGGUUACACCCAGUCACGGUAGAGCAAGUCACACGGCAUACAUGUUUUAUUCUCCAAGCAAAAGUUACCUAUAUAUUGAGCCUGCAUCAGAGAUAUUAAGCUGCGGCCACAGUGAGCCAGUUCGGGUGCGUUACAUCCUUAACCGAGAUGGUGAGACAGACGACGAGAUUGUCUUCUAUUACAUGGUCAAGGCUAGGGAUAACAUCAUACAAACAGGGACACACAGGCAACCAGUGGAACAGGGAGAAGAUGGGGUCACUAUAUCUGAAUUCACACUGGCAGGGAAGGAAAGGCGGGUACACAUAACCAGCCAUAUCUUUGGGCAGAAGAAAGAAAUCAAAGGAGACUUCCUUUUGAAUCUCUCAGUGGAUGUCGACACUGCUCCUAAGAUCCACUUGCUCCUCUACACUAUUUUGCCCAGCGGAGAACUCGUUGCUGGCUCGAGAAACUUCACCGUAGAAAAGUGCUUCUCCAACAAGGCCAAACUGUGGUUUUCUGAGCGAGGAGGUUUGCCUGGCCAGAAAACCCAACUCCAUCUUUCAGCCAACCCUGGUUCCCUCUGUGCCAUCCAUGCCGUUGACCAGAGUGUCUUUCUCUUGAAACCUGAAGCUGAACUCUCCCCUGAGAAGGUUUACAACUUCAUUCCCAAGAAGGACUACAUCUUCUCUAUUGACCUCUUUGUGGCUCCGUUCAAUAUUUAUCCCUGUCCUACAGAAGAACCAUCCAGGGGUGAAAGAAUUGGCCGCCCAGAGCAUUUUCUUCCUAAAGAUGGGGAUACUUACAACAUAUUCAGGGACUUCGGCGUGAACAUUUUUACCAACACCAGGCUACUCAUCCCGCGUUUCUGCUCUGACAUCGUGAUGGAGUUGCAGAGUGAAGGUUUACCAGAACCUUCAGAUGUUGUUCCUCGUGGGGGUUAUACUCUGAAAACUGAGUCCCAACCAGUCCCUGGAGUUGCUUCUGAUGCUGGCACUCGACCGGAGGUUGCCACUCCUCAGGUUGAGGCAGCCCUUAAAAGGACAGUUCGCCAAGUCUUUCCUGAAACGUGGAUAUGGGACCUGGUUAUUAUAAAUGGUUCUCAAGGAAAUAGCCAUUCUCAAGUCCAUAGUUCUAGUAGAAAGAGUGAUGCAUCUGAAGAAUCCGAAGAGAUUGCUGUUCCUGUGACCAUCCCAGACACCAUCACCGACUGGAAAGCUGGAGCUUUCUGUCUUUCAGCAGACACAGGCUUUGGCCUGGCCCAGCCCACAUUUCUGCAGGCUUUCCAGCCAUUCUUCAUUGAACUCACCUUGCCGUACUCCAUGGUGCGAGGAGAAGCCUUAUCACUCAAGGCCACCGUCUUCUCCUACCUGACUUACUGCAUCCGGGUCAGAAUAUCUCUGACUCCUUCUGAUGACUUUGAGGCAUUUCCUAUGGAGAAGAUGGAGGAUUCCUAUUGUAUCUGUGCAAACGGAAGACAAACGGUGUCAUGGUUGAUGACCCCUAAAAUUCUAGGGGAGAUACACCUCAAAGCAAGCGCAGAGGCCGUGACCUCAAAUCAGCUCUGUGGAAAUGAAGUAGUGGAGGUGCCCAACGUUGGAACCAAAGACACCGUGAUCAAGUCAUUAUUAGUUGAGCCUGAGGGAAUCGAGAAAGAAGUGGUGUUCAACUCUCUUCUCUGUGCACCAGGAGAACCCGAGUCCAAAUCUUUUCCUCUGACGUUACCGGAGAAUGUUGUAGAAGGCUCAGCCAAAGCCUCCUUUUGUGUGCUGGGAGACAUUUUAGGAGGAGCGAUAAAGAAUCUCAAUCAGCUUCUCAAGAUGCCCCAUGGGUGUGGGGAGCAGAACAUGGCCCUCUUUGUCCCCAAUAUCUACAUCCUGAAAUAUCUCAAUAACACUGGACAACUGACGGAGGAGAUCAAAGCCAAGGCCAUCGGAUAUAUACAGACUGGCUAUCAAAGGCAAACGAACUUCAAGCAUCGCGAUGGUUCUUACAGCGCUUUUGCAAAAAAUAUCGUAGAGGCAGGGAACACUUGGUUGACGGCUUUCGUGCUGAAAUCUUUUGCUCAGGCGAGAUCCAUAAUCUUUGUGGAUGACAAGUACAUCAACGACGCUCAGAAAUUCCUGACACAGCAGCAGGAGGAAAAUGGAUGCUUUCGGAGCACUGGGUAUCUUUUUCACAAGGAACUCCAGGGGGGAGUUGAUGACCUGACUACUCUUUCAACUUACAUCAUCAUUGCGUUGCUGGAAGUGCCGCUACCUCCCACUCAUUCCGUGGUGCAAAAUGCUUUAGUUUGCCUGGAGAAUGCGACUGAAGCAAAAGAGAUGCACGUUUAUCUCCGGGCUCUGUUGGCGUACGCUUUUGCUUUGGCGGGGAAAGAGGAGAAGAGGCAAGAAAUGUUGGACUCCCUUCUAAAAGUAGCUGUGAAGGAUGAGGAUGGCUCUAUCCACUGGGAGAGGACCUGGAAGCCAAGGCAGAGAUCUGAUUUUCCACACUCCACACGUGCUCCAUCCUUUGAAGUAGAAAUGACCGCCUAUGUGCUCCUUGCUUUACUGAAAAAAGAACCGUACCCCUCCGAGGAAGAAUUAACGUCAUCAGCUGCCAUUGUCAAAUGGUUGACCAAACAACAGAAUUCCCGUGGAGGAUUCGCCUCUUCACAGGAUACAGUGGUGGCUCUCCAGGCUCUGUCCCAAUACAAGACACUUACUUAUUCCAAGGAUGGCAUCGAUGCGAGAGCGACGUUGAGUUCAGGAGAUGCUGUCCUGAGAGAAUUCCAUGUAGACAGGCACAAUUCUCUGCUGCUCCAGUGCCAAGAUCUGCCCCAAGUGCCAGGGAACUACAAGGCUGAGGUGACUGGUUGCAUCUUUAUGAAGAUUCCCUUGAAAUACAAUGUCCCUUUGAAGCAAGAAGAGGCACCAUUUAGGCUGGAGGUGCACACCAUUCCUGAGACGUGCACAGGAGUCAAAGCUCACGUCACUUUUGACAUUGCCAUAAAUGUCAGUUACACUGGCCAACGUCCGGUUUCCAACAUGGCAAUUGUCCAGAUUAAGAUGCUGUCCGGAUACAUCCCGGUGAAAUCCAGUGUAAAAAAGCUGGAAGAGGAAAGUCAGAUCGAGAGGACUGAAGUGAACAUCAAUCAUGUCCUGCUAUACUUGGACGAGGUACCCAAGACAGUGCAAACUUUCUCCUUUACGGUGGAGCAGGAGACACCAGUCCGGGACCUGAAGCCUGCCUUGGUGAAAGUCUACGAUUACUAUGAAACUGAUGAAUUUGCAACAGCCGAGUACACGGCCCCCUGCAGUACAGAUGAUACCAAGGAAGUCAAAGCAUAAGGAUUCCAGCCAUGUUUCCAGGAAUAGCACACGCUUGGAAAGAAUGAAUCUCCUGGAAACUAAGGAGGAAUCUGGUUUUAUACACAAACAUAUUACAUACCCAGAGCCACCCAGAGCCAUUGACUAAAAUGGGUGGCUAUAGAAACUGAAUAAAUAAAUAAAUGUUUUCAGAAUCAA